AUGGUGCAGCAAGACAUCGACGAGGUUGCCCAGCUCGUUCAUGGCUUAGAGGCUGCCAGCGGCAGCAGCAGGAGAAGAGGUGGAGGAAGUGGUCCAGGAAGACGGACGUUUUCCUGCAAGAAGUCUACCUUUCUCGUUCAAGGAUCAGAUAACAUCAGCGUGGACUCUUGGAGGUUCCAGGAUUGGGAUUACAAGCGGGAUGAUUUGCCCACCUAUGCACGCGGCCUAUUUACCACCAGGAAUAAGAACAACAAUUAUGAAAUCGCCAUUCGAGGGUACGAUAAGUUUUUUAAUGUUGACGAGGUUGACUCGACACGGUGGAGGAAUAUUGAAACAAAUACAAUAGGGCCAUAUGAGCUGAGUGUCAAGGAAAAUGGCUGUAUUAUUUUUAUUUCUGGAUUGGAGGAUGGCACCUUGCUAGUAUGCAGCAAGCACUCGACUGGCGCUAGAACUGAUGUUACUGUCAGCCACGCUGUUGCCGGUGAAAACUGGGUGAGGCACCACGUAGCCUCUGUUGGCAAGACAGUGGGAGAUUUAGCCAAGGCCCUGAGAAGCAAGAAUUUAACAGCUGUCGGAGAACUUUGUGAUGACCAUUUUGAGGAACAUGUUCUGGCGUACGAUGAGCAGGCAGCAGGCAUUUAUCUCCAUGGCCUCAACUACAAUGUUCCCCAAUUUGCUACCCUACCUGGCCCCGAUGUUCACAAAUUUGCAGACGAAUGGGGGUUCAAAAAGGCGCAGUACCUUAUGAAGGAUUCCCUAUCUGAUGUGAAGACCUUUGUGGAGAAAUGUGCUGAGACUGGAUCGUGGGAUGGGAGGGACACUGAAGGAUUCGUUAUCCGGUGUCAAAUAUCUGAAGGGGGUGCUGGACCGUACAGGGACUGGUUCUUUAAGUACAAAUUCGAAGAACCAUAUCUCAUGUACCGGCAGUGGCGUGAAGCUACCAAAGCCAUGAUUGCGGGACGACAGUUAAAACUCAAGAAGCAUGUGGCCAUUACGGAAGAAUAUCUGCACUAUGCAAAGAAGCGGCUCGUCGAAAACCCACAGCUUGCCAAACUCUACAAUCAAAAUCAUGGUAUCAUAGCAAUGAGAGAUGGCUUCCUGAAAGAGCGUGGUCUGAAGGGCUCAGAAAUUAUUGCUAUGGAAUCAGAUCAGGGAGAAGGUGCUUCAUCUCUUGCUAAUGUGACACAGGAUGUCGUCUUAGUCCCAGUCGCCUCAAUCGGGUGUGGUAAAACCACUCUAGCUCUUGCUCUUGUCAAAUUAUUUGGCUGGGGACAUAUCCAGAAUGAUAAUAUUCAGGGUCCCAAGAACCGCCCAAAGCGAUUUGCACAGGAGGUAAACAAUUCCCUCGUAACGAAUAGGGUUGUCAUCGCAGACCGCAACAACCACCAAAAGCGGGAAAGAAAGCAGAUCAUGGAGGAUGUUCAGAGGGCUGUACCAAAAGCCAAAUUUGUUGCUCUCCAUUAUGUCCAUGAACCUAAGGAAAUGUUGCUGGGUGAUAUCAGGCAAGUUACUCAGGCAAGAGUUCUUGAACGAGGCGAUAACCAUCAGACCAUCCAGGCCAACAGCAAAGGCCGGGACUCCGUCAUUGCGAUUAUGGAAGGCUUCUUGAAUCGAUUCGAAGCCGUAAACAUAGAAUCUGAACCUGAUUACAGCUUUGAUGAAGUAAUCGACUUAAACGUCAUGGCCUCUUCCCGUGAGAACCUGGAAAAAGUCAUCUCAGUUUUACACUCCACGUUCCCUAAACUCAUGAACGGUAAAUUGCCAACUUCAUCCGAACUAGACGACGCAAUCGACGAAGUCAUGAAGAACUACAAAGUUGAGACAAAGCACGACCUCAGCUUCUCAAACAUAAAGAACUCGAAACCAGCACCAAGAGAAACCCCAGAUCAACUCGCCAAACACCUCGAAUACUUUAGAAUAUCCUUAAAGUCUAACGAAAUAACCAACCUGCUUUCUUCACUAUUCCCACCCUCCACCCCUCCCGAGAAAGCAAAACUAUAUAACCACCUCCGAAACUCUCGCCGCAUCCAACCCUCCUUCCACGUAACCCUAAUCCACCGGGCCUCCCAACUGACCCAGCCAGCCAUCUGGACCCAUUACCAAGAUCUUUACAAAGCUGCUAUCCAAAAGCAACUCAACCAACCAAACGGUGAUGUCGUCGAGACCCCAACCCUAGGCACCUGUCGUGUUCGAAUCGAGCGUCUGGUGUGGGAUGACAGGAUCAUGGCGUUUGUGGUGCGCAUUUGCCCACAGGAGGGAGAUUUGUGGCCUUGUGCGAAUGAUAUCCCGCAUAUUACGGUUGGCACUGCAGCGCCUAACGUGAAGCCGAAGGAGAGCAAUGAUUUGCUGAAGCGUUGGCUGGAGAUUGGGGCUGGGGGAGAGACGGGGAUUUGGGAAGCUAAGAUAACUUCUGUUACGGUGUUGGAGGGGACUGUUGGAGAGGAAUUGAGGAGGUGA